AUGAUUUUAGAUAUUGAUUAAGAAAUAAUAUCUCAAAGAAGAAAUAAACUCAGAAUAUUGUUAAACAAACCAACUCACACAAAAAAUUUUUGUUAGCACUAACAUUAAAUCAUAAAAUCGGUUUUGGAACCACCCAAAAGAAUUUUUUCAUAUUCACGAUCUAUAAGGCACUUUUUAGAAAUUAUGUCAAAAACUGGAUCAGUUAGUGUAAAUUAAAAGGCAAUCACUUUAUAUAUUAAAUAAAGGGAUGCAAACAAUUAAAAAUUCUAAAGUGAUCAAAUCAAAACAACGAAUUCUAAAUUUAUUUAAACAGAUGAUUUAAUUACGGAAGAGUAUAACCCUAAAACAGAAAGAACUUUAUGGAAUAUGCAAGAAUCUCCAUAUAUAAGAAAAAGAAAGUUUGCUAAUCAUUCGUAUUAAAAAGAAAAAGAUCCGAAGUAAUUAUAACUACAUAAAAUUUACGAAUCUGACAUCUCAAACUCUCCCUACACCAGUAGAAGCAUUAAACAAUAUACAUUUCAAAAUGAAGUUCUUAAAUAAAAAUUGGAUACCAUCACACCUUUUUAUGAUAGAUCAAAGCAUUUUUUUAAUAAAAAAAGAACACAUUAGUCAAGCCGUUACAAAUGUGAAAAGUCAGAUACUAUUUUUACCACAUUAACAAAUAGAUAUUGA